AUGGAUCGUCUGUGCUUAGAGGAGAAAAGAGAGAGACAAAAGGAGGAAGCCGGGUUUCAGGGUUGCGAUACCACUUCUACUUCAGGAAAACGCAAACGAACCGUCACUGGUGGUGACCGUUUCUCCGUGAGCUGCUACACCGACAACGGGGCCUCUGUAAAUGGUAACAAACGUUGGGACUAUGUGCCCGGCUGGGGCUGCUGGAUCUCUGCUAAAUGGACUCAAUUGGGCUGCGAGACUGCUCUCUUCCAAAACUUGACGGGGGUCGCAGAUGACACCCCCGGCUCGGAUCCUCGAUCCAGCUAUGCCAACACAUCUAGACCGCUGGGUUCAACUGCUCCCGGAUCUUCGUUGUCUGCUGGAGGUCUAGCGCCAGUCUACAGCGGACAGCCUGUACAAGUAGAUGAAGAGUGGCAGGAUCAGGGCCAAGGACAGCACAGCUACGAGUACCCCCAGAUUACAGAGGGCGCUAUGAUUCAAGCCGUACCCCAAGGGCAAAGUAAGCAUCGGAAUUAAGGUAGCAUCGGUUGGCCCUUGCGGCAAGGACUGGGGACGCCGCUUCGUCCUGGUCUGAGACAAUGGGAUUACCCAGCACAGUACAUGAAAAGAUGGAUAGGAUAGAAAGAACUGCGGUAAAUUUAUCAAGUCCUUUGUCGAUGCAAGUUAGUGUG